AUGACGCAGAACACGGUCUCGCGCCCGCCCUUCCUUCCGUCUGAGCAACAGAUGGCACUUGCUCUUGCCAUUGUUCGGACCAAACCAGCCGGGAUGCAACUACGUGCACAGACUAAGCCCGGUCUCAGCCCCAGAGAGCGAGAAAAUCCUACAUGCUAUGUUGACGAAGUCGCCUACUGGAAGAAUCGAUGUCAAAAGGCCGAAGAUGAAUGUGAGAAACUUCGAAGUGUCAACAUUAAGCUCGAAAGAUCGAACCACUUACUGUCGAGCCUGUCCGGUCCCGUCUUGGAUGUUGAUGCAGCUGCCUACACCACCAAGCGUAAAGCACCAUCAGCGUCACCCACGAGAUCCAAGCCGUCGAGACAAGCACAAAAGCAAUCACCAACGGCCGCUGCUCAAGAAACCAUCGAUAAUGACCUGGAUUUCUUGGAAGUGCUCGGCAGGGAUGGUUCCAAACUCAUGGAGGCUUUAUACACUACGCACUCAUUGUGCCGGUCCGACGAGCCUGACACUGAGGUUCUCUGCUUCAAUCUUGUACAAAUCGCUUCAGGCAUUGGCAAGGUCAUACUCAUUGUCGCUCAGAACCACGAGCUGCUCUCUCGUCAAGGGCGGAGAAGCGCUGAAGCCAUGUCGUUCGAUAAGGACAAAUCUGACUUCGCUGUUGCCCUAUCUGUCUGUGCUAGAGCUUUCAUGUCGCUACUCGUUGGUACAAAUAAGCUCGUGGAGUGCAAAGCCGAUGUGCGACUUGAUAGUCUGGUCGUCUGUGAGGUAGCCGGAAUGUUCAAGGCCGCGUUGCAAUCGAUCGAGAUAUCAGCUCGACGUACAGCGGAGACUUCCUUGUCGCCACCCUCUUCAAUAAAUAAGACGAAGACGAAAGCGCCGCCUCCGGUCGUGAGAGAGUCCGCUCCGGCUAGAGCAGUUGCUCACUUGUUAAUCAGCUUUCUCGGAUUCCUCGAGAAAACUGAUCCUGUGCAUCAAAAGAUCUUCGAUGGCUUCGUCUUCGUCCUAUUCGAACGCGUGGGAAAGAGGUUGUAUUAUCUUACGUUCGGACAGCAUCGCAGUACUUCUAUCGAAGGUAACAUCUUGCCACCGCCCGAGCCGAGAGAUGCUGCUGAGUCGACAAGACUGGAUAGUGACGCCCUAGCAACCCGUCUUGAAGUGAAGGCCCUCGUAUUGAUUCUUGAACGAGCGAUGGGUUUAGCUCCAAACCACAUGAACCCCCAGAACGCUCGCCCUAGCUCGGCAUCUAAUCGACCCGCCCGUACAAUGAGCACCAAAACUCCUGUGACGAGCACCAGGGCGCGCUUGAGCCCUCUGGCAAGAGACCGCUUGCAACGAACACUUGUUGCGUGCAUGUAUGGGAACAACACCAACGACGAGUUCCUGGAUGUCCUCACAAAGCCCGUUCCAGCUAUGCGACUUGGUUCCAUGCAAAACGUGGCCAAAGUCGACGACAAAGAUGUGCAGACAUGGUACAAGGAGGAGGUUUGGCGACUCGUAGGGUGGGAUAUCCUGGCAAGGGAGGGCGCGUGGUGA